ACGAGAUAAAAAAAAAAGACGAAUCACCUUUAUAAAUGAAUGAAAAUGUUUUUAUCAAGCAACAGCGGUAGCAGCAGAAACAGCAGUAGCAGUAGCGAUCCAUCGCCACUGAUAACACCUUGUGUACACCCAUCAUCACUAACACCACCACCACCGCCACCACCACUAGCACCAAUGUCAAUGAUAACAAUGGUACCACCAUUAUCACCAUCAGCUGUACAAACAACAACACAACAACAGCCAUCAACAACAUCGACCAACCAGAACAACAACAACAACAACAACAAUCCUUUACUUGGUUCACCAUUACCACCUAGAUAUCGUUUUAGAGAAUUAUUAAUGGGUGCAACUACCGAUACUUAUAAUACAUAUAUCGAUGAUGGUGAAAGGAUUCGUGUGGAAUUUUAUGAAAAUGAAAAUACGAUCAAAGAAAAAUUACAUGUAUUUUUCAUCAAAAAUCAACGUACAAGCCUUCAAAUACGAAUCAUUAAAACCGUAUUGAAAUUGUUGACAUGUUUAUUCUACAUUGUACGAGUGAUAUUCGAUGCUGGACCAUUGUUGGCAAAUUGCCAUGGAUGUCCACCACCGGAUCUAACAAAUCAAACAUCACCAAAUUAUAAUUCAAUGUAUGAUUGUCGUAUGUAUGAUAAUCGAUGGCUUCCAGUCAAUGUUUCUGCACAGAUGGCACCAUUAAAUUGGCGUGCCAUAAUCUGGGUGGACAGAUCAUUUGGGGUUUGGUUUUUACAGUCAAUUAUAUCAAUGAUGUGCUUUACGGAGGCCUUAUUAUUAGCUUAUCUAAGCAACAAGGGAAAUUGUUUACAAACAAUUUUUACAUUUCAAUUUGUCGUUGAAAUCAUCACUAAUCUUCCAUACAUUGUAUCGUUUUUCUAUUCACCUUUACGUAAUCUUUUUGUUCCAUCAUUUUUAAAUUGUUGGCUGGCUAAAUAUACGUUGGAAAAUAUGUUUAACGAUUUGAAUCGUGCCAUGCAACGUUCACAAUCGGCACUAUCACAACGUUUAAUGAUUCUUUCGGCAACAUUAUUAUGUCUUAUAUUUACGAGUCUUUGUGGAUUUCAACAUUUUCAACGUGCCGGUGGACGUAAUGUUGAUCUAUUUGAAAGCCUUUAUUUUGUUGUUGUAACAUUUGCAACCGUUGGUUAUGGUGAUUAUAAACCCGAUCGUUGGCCAUCACAGCUGUUUAUGGUCAUUAUGAUUGGUGUUGCCUUGAUUGUAUUGCCUACACAAUUUGAACAGUUAGCAUAUACAUGGAUGGAACGACAAAAACUUGGUGGUAGUUAUAGUACUCAUCGUGCUCAAACAGAAAAACAUGUUGUCGUUUGUUCCACAACACUUGGAUCAGAUACUGUGAUGGAUUUUUUGAAUGAAUUUUAUGCUCAUCCUUUAUUACAGGAUUUUUAUGUUGUACUAUUAUCACCAUGUGAAUUGGAUACAACAAUGAAAAUGAUAUUACAGAUGCCAAUGUGGGUACAACGUGUCAUCUAUCUACAAGGUUCAGCAUUAAAAGAUACGGAUCUAACAAGGGCAAGAAUGAAUGCAGCUGAAGCCUGUUUUAUAUUGGCUGCACGUAAUUAUAAUGAUCGAUCGGCUGCUGAUCAACAUACAAUUCUAAGAUCAUGGGCAGUACGAGAUUUUGCACCAAACGUUCCACAAUAUAUACAGAUAUUUCGUCCGGAAAAUAAAAUUCAUGUUGCAUUUGCCGAACACGUUGUUUGUGAAGAUGAAUUCAAAUAUGCAUUAUUGGCCAAUAAUUGUCUAUGUCCAGGAACAUCUACAUUGGUCACAUUAUUAUUGCAUACAUCACGUGGACAAGAAGGUCAAACAUCGGAUGAAGAAUGGCAUCGUUUAUAUGGAAAAUGUUCAGGCAAUGAAAUUUAUCAUAUAAGACUUGGUGAUAGUCGAUUUUUUGGUGAAUAUGAAGGAAAAAGUUUUACCUAUGCUUCAUUUCAUUCACAUCGAAAAUACGGUGUUGCAUUAAUCGGCAUACAAACCGAUAUGCAUGGUACAUGGCCAAUAAUGUUAAAUCCGGGACCAUCAUAUGUAUUGAAACAUUCGGAUGUUUGUUUCUAUAUGAAUAUAGCUAAAGAAGAAAAUUCAACAUUUGUACCGACAACAACAACAUCAUCAUCGAUUAGUGCACAACAUUUAGCCGGUAGUAAUCAUCAACUAAUUACAAAUGGUGUUGGCCAUGGUGGCAGCGGUAAUGAUGGUGGUGGUUGUGGUGGUGGUGGUGAUCAAAAUAAUAAUAAAAUCGAAACAAAACAACAACCAAAACAACUUGCACUGCAAUUAUUGAAUGAUGAUGAUGAUGAUUGUCGUUGUUCCAAUAAUAAUCAUCAAGAUGAAGAUAAUAAUGGACACAAAGAUAGCUGUUGUGAUGAUAAUGAUGAUGAUGAUGAUGAUGAUGAUCCAACAAUUAAAAUGAUUAUCGAUAAUGUUGAUACAUCACCAUCAUCAUUGAUGCAACCACAACCACCGCCACCAUUAUCACCUGGUUUAUUAAAAUCGAAAAAAAAUGACCGUAAUGACAAUAAUCGAUCUGAUAUGCAUCUAUUAUCUACUGAUUAUAAUGGAAAAGAUAAUACAAGCACAACUAGUAGUGGAAAUCCAUUUUCAUUUAGUAAUUUACGACGAAAAUCAUCCAGUUUAUUUUUAUCUGAUCUAGCACUUGGAAAACGUCGUGAUUCAUCACCAACACGAUUGAAACGUGCUGUGGCUGAAUUUGCAACCAAAAUGAAACGUGUUACAGCCGGUAAACAUUUAAGUCAUUUAGAGGUGCCUAAAAUUGAAUUUGGUUCACCGGCAACAAAAACAAACGAUGUUGUUGCUGCACGUGGCCGAAGACCAAGUAUUGCACCAGUGCCAGCAAUGUUAGGUGAUGAUAGUAGUAGUAGUGAAAGUUCAACAGAAUCAAGUGAUCAAUGUGUUGGUAAUGGUGGUGGUGGUGAUCAACAAGAAGCAAAUUUUUCACCUACAGAAUCAAAAAAUGAUAAUAAUCAAUCAAAAGAUGUGACAAAUGUUGCAAACAAACAAAUGGAUCGUCAUUCUGAAAAUCAAUGGACAUUUCCAGUGGAAAAUUCUGUGAUCAUCAAAGGAUUUCCACCAGUGUCACCAUAUGUUGGUGUAUCGCCAACAUUAUGUUAUUUGCUCAAGGAGAAAAAACCACCAUGCUGUCUUCAGAUAUCAAUGCCAUGUGAACAUUGUCCAUAUUUUCAUGCACGUGAUUAUGAUUGGCAAGGUAUCAAAUGUAUUAUAUUGGCUGCCGAUUAUGCUAGUUAUGGUAUCUAUAAUUUUAUCAUACCAUUACGUGCACAUUUUCAUCAACCAACCAGUUUACGGCCAAUAAUAUUGUUAUUGGAAAAGACACCUAGUUUAGCAUUUAUUGAUGCCAUUUCAUGGUUUCCAUUGGUCUAUUGGAUGAAAGGCUGCAUUGAUAAUCUUGAUGAUUUAAUUAGAGCCGGAAUUAAUCUUGCCGAUUCUGUGGUGGUGGUCAAUAAAGAGACAACAAAUUCAGCUGAAGAAGAUUAUCUAUCAGAUUGUAAUACAAUUGUGGCUGUACAGACAAUGUUUAAAAUGUUUUCAUCUGUACGGAUUAUUACCGAGUUAUCACAAUCAAGUAAUAUGCGUUUUAUGCAAUUUCGUGCACAUGAUAUUUAUGCAUUAUCAUUAUCAAAAAUGGAAAAGCAUGAACGUGAACGUGGUUCACAUAUAUCAUACAUGUUUCGUUUACCAUUUGCCGCUGGCAAUGUAUUCAGUGCAUCAAUGUUGGAUACAUUACUAUAUCAAGCAUUUGUCAAGGAUUAUAUGAUUACAAUUAUUCGUUUAUUAUUGGGCAUUGAUCAAGCACCUGGAUCUGGAUUUCUUUCAUCGAUGCGUAUCACAAAAGAUGAUCUAUGGAUACGUACUUAUGGCCGACUUUAUCAACGUCUUUGUUCAACUACUUGUGAAAUACCAAUCGGUAUUUAUCGUACACAAAGUACACAUUCAAAUGAUAUUGGAACGGUAUUUGGAUCACUUGAUUAUAACCAAAAAAAUAUUGAUUUUUUUUAUCAUUUCAAUAUGUAGGGCAUACAGAUUUCAUUUGAUUUCAUGUUACCAUUGACUGAACAGAUCAAUUAUCAGGCACUUACAUAUGAAGUGGAAAGACAAGAGAUAUCCAAUCUAGUUAGAAAUCGUCUUCAAGAUCUUGGAAUACCAUCGAAUGAUUAUGAUAAUUGUUCGGAAAAAAGAACAGAACUAUCCUAUGUUAUAAUCAAUCCAAAUUGUGAUCUUAAACUUGAAGAAGGUGAUAUUAUUUUUAUAAUCAAACCAAGUCCAGUGAAUAGUAAGAAAAUGUUUUUGAAUCGUGCCAGUUCCAUGAGAUCUAAAUCACCUAUGCGAAGAAAAAAGAAAAAAAAUAACAAAAAUAAUUCUCAUGAUGAUAAUAAUAAUGGUUACGAUGAUGGCGAUGAUGGUGGUUGUGGUGGUAGUUGUCAUUUAACUGGUGGUAUUGGUGGUAUCGGUGGUGGUGGUGGUGGUGGUCUCAAAGUUAGUGCCGUUGAUGGUAUCAGUAUGCUUAGUAUUGCUGAUUCAACAAGACAAUUAUCCCAAACAACAAAUGAUGUGAUUAAAUCAUCUAGAUCAACAUCUUCAGCAUCUAAUUCCACAUCUACAUCAUCAUCAUCAUCAUCAUCAUCUACAUCAUCAAAUUCAUCACGUGUAUCACUUCAUGUUGAUGAUAAUAUUGAAGAACGUUUAUAUAACAAUUGUCAUCGAUUUAAUCGUAAUAAAUCACCACGUUUAGGUAAAUUAAAAUGUAAAACAAAUUUCAUGUCUGUCGAUAAUAGUAAUGUUCGUCCACAUGGAAUGAAAAAUCGACCAACAUCAUUAUUAUCAUCAUCUGAGAUGUCGUCGAAAACGAAAAAUCAUCAUCAUCAACAACAACAACAAAAAAAAUCAACAAUUAUUAAUCGUCGUACUGGUCAUCGAUUACCAACAUUAAUGAUUGAAUCUAAAAUCAAUAACAAUGACGAUGGUGAUGAUGAUGAUGAACAACAACAACAACAACAACAAAAACGACUAAAUAGUGAUAAUGUAAAUAAUAAUGAUGAUACUGAUAGUGAUGAUGAUUGUAUAAUAUUGCCUGCUAUAACAGUGCCAAAAAAUUAUAAUGGUAAUCUAUCUGUACAACAAUCCAUUAAUAAUAAUAAAGUGAAUCAGGAUGAUCAACAAAAAAAAAAUUUAAAAAAUCAAGAUAUCGUACAGAUUUGUAUCGAUUCACCAAGUGAAGAAGAAUUGAGUACAAAAAUGUCACAGACAACAAAUUCAACUACAACUGGUCCAACCAAUACAACUGCAUCGACAGCCAAUAAUAAUCAAACAUUCAAUGGUACCAUUGUUUGAAUGAUUCGGAAGAAAAAAAAAAAGAAAAAAAAAUCAAUCCUUUUAAUUUCCUGAUGGCCAAACAAAAUUAUUUUUCGAAUCCGGAUUAUUAAAAACUUGAUAUAAUGUACACACACACACAUGACAAAAAUGUUUCCGUCAUUUUCAGGCCGAAAAAAACCGAAAACAAAAAUAGACUGAAAACUUUUUUGUUUU